GCCUUCGUCCACUCACCUCUUACUUCAUAAUUCUAUUAACAAGUACUCCCUCCGUUUCAGAUUAAGUAAAUUAUUGGGUAUUUCAAAAUAAUUGAAUUAUUAAAUUUAUUUUUUCAAAUUUAUCCUAUUUAAUAAUUAAUUAAUUUUUGAAAUGGUAUUAUAAAAUCAGUUUUUUUAAGAAUAAAAAUAGAAAAUUAUGUUAAAUUUAUUUAUUUAAUAUUUUUUUUAUAUUAAAAUUCAAUAAUUUAUUUAUUAUGAAGUGGAGAACGAGUACCAUCUUGUUCUCAUCAACUGUACUGUUUUUCAUUUCUCGAUAAAAAAUACUAAAAGACACCAAGAAGUGGUCUUUUUCCUCUUAAAUUAUGAGCUUUGAAGAGAACAAUAAAUCCAUGGCUGAGGUGUAUGAUGAAUAUGUGAGAAGUAAUGCUUGUGAAAGAGUUGCCAUUCAAAUUUCUCAGGGUGAAAGUUCCUCAGGGAUUACUGAAGAAAGUACACAUGCUAAGCAAUGGAGAAGACAAAAUCUAUUUGUGGAGAUACCUUCUAAAUCAUCGGAUGCCUCUAAUCAAGAGUCGGUGCAAGUUAAAAUGCUUUCAACACCAACGCCUACACCAAAAAGGGUGAAUUUCGUUUUGACACCUAGUCCUUCUAAUUCAAGACCAAACGCCUUUCCUAGUCCCUCCUCGUUCAGAGGCAGAUCAUCCAUCAAGAAUCUUUUGCCAAGACUAAGCUUCAAGUUGAGUAACAUGAAUUCAGAUACAGAAAAGGCAACCUUACCCGAUUCAGAUACUUCAGUCAUGGUUCCACAAGAGAAGGUAUCCAUAUCAAGUUCAUGGUCAUUCACUAAAUUAUUCACUCCACGAGUGAAAAGGACGUCAUCUUUACCCGUUACACCAAUUGAUCAUUCAAAUCCAGAGUUUGCUAAUGGGAGUAUCAGCAGAGCGCUGACAUUUGGUCCAAAAGAAACACAACUGUGCAUUUCUCGAUCACUUUCUCUACCGGUCAUUAACAAAGAACGAAGCACUAGGAGAGUUGAAUCUUUCUUUCGAGUCAUUCCUUCAACCCCUCAAGGGAAGGAUGGGAAUUCCACAGUUCCAGAUGCACCUCCAGCCAAAGUAUCUGACGAUGAGCAAAAUGGUGAAGAUAUACCUGAAGAGGAAGCUAUUUGUCGAAUUUGUCUGAUUGAAUUGUUUGAAGGUGGGGAAACACUCAAGAUGGAAUGCAGCUGCAAAGGUGAACUUGCUUUGGCUCACCAAGAAUGUGCUUUCAAAUGGUUCCGCGUAAAAGGUAACAGAACAUGUGACGUGUGCAAGCAAGAAGUUCGAAACCUGCCUGUCACGCUUCGUCGCCUUCAAAGCGCAAAUGUGGUAUCCAAUAGUAUCCAACACUUGGAAAUAAAUGGAUACAGGGUAUCACAGGAACUACCCAUUCUUGUCAUCGUCAGCAUGCUUGCCUACUUUUGCUUUCUUGAGCAGCUUCUGGUUGGAACAAUGGGCACAGGUGCAAUAGCUAUAUCAGUUCCCCUUUCUUGUGUACUAGGUUUGCUUUCGUCUUUGGCAUCUUCAACCAUGGUGAUGAGAAGGUUUGUCUGGGUUUAUGCAUCCAUUCAGUUCAUCCUCGUGGUAUUCUUUGCUCAUGUGUUCUACUCCUUGGUUCAUGUACAAGCUGUUCUUUCAAUUCUUCUCUCAACAUUUGCUGGUUUGGGGGUUGCAAUGUGUGGAUGUUCCAUACUUAUUGAGUUCUUUAGAUGGAAAAGGCGGAGACAAACCUUGUUAGAUCAACAGCAGCAGAAUUCCCAGCUGAAUCAAACAGAAACAUCAUCCCAAAUAGGUCAUCAAGAUUAUCAUCCGGAUAUAGAAAAUCCAGGGACAUUUAGUGGGAGCUAGAUAGUCAAUUGCGCUAUAGCAGCUUAUAAGUCAUUUUAAACACAAUCCUUGUGGGAAAUGGCUUCUUGUGUAUAUCUUGACGUUACUCAUCCUCUACCGAGAAGUAGAAAAGCUCAUUGUGCUGCGAAAGCAUGAAAAGAAAAAGAAAAUCCAAAAAAGCAAAAGAAGAGAUGUGAAAAGCCGACAUGUUUUAGUACGCAGUUGCUGUGCAAAAUGGUUUGUUGUGUAUAUUUUAAUAGCAGACAUGUUUUCGUACACAGUUGCUUUGGGAAAUGGUUUGUUGUGUAUAUCUUAAUAUUGCAUGAAAGGUAGGCCUUCACCAGGGGUGGAGGGAGAGUGUUGGCUAUGUGUUUGACCGAACCCAAUAACUUUGGUUUAAAUAUUAUAUUUGUUUGAAAGUUCAUUUUACAGUAGGAA